CUCUGUCCCUCCAAACCGCCCUCCCUGGAUCCCCUCGCCACGUUCUCCCCGCGGUUCAUCGCCGGGGUCAUCCUCGUCGCCGCUGGGGGAGGCAUGCGCAUCUCGACGUACCGCGCGCUCGGGUCGCUCUUCACCUACGAGGUGUUCAUCAAGGACGACCACCGCCUCGUCACCUCCGGCCCAUACCGAUACGUCCGCCACCCCUCCUACACGGGCGUGGUGCUGCUCCUCCUCGGCACGCACCUCGUCCACUUCGCAGACGGGGGAUACGCGACGUACUGCGGCCUCGCCGCGACGCCGAUGGUCUGCGGGGUGUGGUUCUGGAAGAUCUCGGCGCCCUUCUCGCUGCUGUCGGUGUUCCGGCGAUGUCCGGUGGAGGAUGCACAGCUGCGCGAGCGGUUUGGGAAGGAGUGGGAGAAGUACCGGCAGGAGACCCCUUACGCUAUGUUGCCCUUCCUGUACUAG